CCCCCCCUUCUUUCAAAAACAGCAAGACAGAAAAAGAGCAGCUCAACUGGAACGGCAUCAGCAGUGAUGUGAAGACCAGGAAAUCUGUAGCUAUCUGCAUGGCUGAGUCUUUUUAUUUUUUAAAAGCAAUUCUACUUUCUUUAGACUGAGGACAUCCAAAAGAGGCUCAGAUCUAUCUUUUCCUUAUACCAGCUGCUUAAAUUUCGGAAGGGAUCCUCCUAGAUAAAAAGUCUUGUUGGCAGCGGCACUUUCUCUUUCGGUUCAGACCAUCUAGACGAGUGUGUUCAAGUUACCCAGAGAACAAGCUCUCAACAUCUGCAGGUUUGUCUUGCAGUGCAUCCUGGUUCCGGCAUGUUACCACUGGAGGAGGAGGAGGCCUUUGCUGGUGUGUUUGAAAUGUGAGAUCCUUUGAACAGAGACCCCUUGGGAGGCUGCAAGAAAAAAAGUUAUGUGUGUAGAAGAGCCGAUGGUGCAAAAGCAUAUGGAGACUCUUCAACACUGGCGCAGCACUGGCGCAGCACUGGCCUCCUCAGAGAGACUGAUGGAUCUUCUCCUGGUGGAAGGGCCGACUGAUCUCCAGCAGAAAGAACACGAUUUUGUCCAGAUUGAAACUACCAAAGGCAUGAGGAACGUCUCCAGAAAGAUCCCCUUGGAGAAGCUCUUCCUGCCUCUGUCCAAAUUCAGCAUCCCACCACGAAUCUCGGUGACCAUUGGAGUUGCUGGCAUUGGCAAGAGCACUUUGGUAAAGCUGUUUGUCCAUACUUGGGCAAAAGGAGAGAUGGGCAAGGAUUUUAUGUUUGUGUUGCCACUCACCUUCCGGGAAUUGAACGCUUAUGACAAACUCUCUGCUGAGAGGCUGAUCCGGCUGGCAUCCCCGCAUUUAUCCGAGCUGAGCUUUCUCUCUGUCGGCACUGCCAGGACUCUCCUGAUCUUGGAUGGUCUGGAUGAAUUUAAGACUCUGCUAGAUUUUUCCAAUACAGUUGCUUGCACAGACCUCCAAAAGGAGGUCCAGGUGGACAACUUGAUCACCAACAUCAUCAGAGGCAAUCUGUUACAAGAGGUUUCCGUUUGGAUCACAUCGCGGCCUACAGCAACCACACAGAUCCCAGGUGGUCUAGUGGACCGGAUGACCGAAGUCCAGGGUUUUGGAGAGGCAGAGAUGAAAGGCCAUUUAGAUUGCAUGUUUGCUGAGAACCAAAGCUUAUCCGAUUGUGUGAUGCAUCAUCUCAAGGCCAACAGAUCUUUGUACGUAUUGUGCACCGUGCCUUCUUUCUGCCAGAUCUUUGGGUCCUCAAUGGGCUAUUUCCUAAAGAGCACUGAUCACUCUCCGGAAAUGUUAACUGUUCCUCGGACUUUAUCGGAAAUCUAUUCCUACUACUUUAAAAUGGCACUGUGUAGCGACUGGCAAGGAAAGCAGAAGGAAGUCCUCAAGAUAGAGCAGGUGGUGAGUAACUGCAAGAAAACGAUGAGUUCUUUAGGUCGGUUGGCGUUUUAUAGCCUGAUCAAGAGGAAAUACGUGUUUCACGAGCAGGACAUGAAGGCCUACGGCGUCGAGAUCUCCUCCCUCCACAUCAGCUUGUGUAGUAGACUCUUGCUUAAGGAAGAGACUCUGUUUUCCACCAUUUACUAUUUCCCCCACUUAACGUUUCAGGAAUUCCUAGCAGCCACCUAUUAUCACACUGCUGCAAAGCGAGCCCUUUUUGAUCUCUUUGUCGAGAGCGGCAUGUCUUGGCCGAAGUUUGGCUUCCUCAACCACUUUAAAAAUGCCAUCCAAAGAUCGCUGCAGUCUGAGGACGGGCACCUGGACGUCUUUGUGCGCUUCCUCGCAGGCUUCCUCUCCCCACUGGUGAACAAAGCCUUGUCCGACUGGUUCUUGGCAAGGGAUGAACACCACAGCUACCGGAGUCAUGUGAUCAGCCUUCUCCAGAGCCUUCUGAGCAUGGACCAAGCCAUCUCCUGCAGGACUGUAAACCUCAUGAGGUGCCUGCAGGAGCUUCAUCACACAGAGGUCGUUGCCAGCAUCGAGGAAGCCAUGAAGAAUGAAGCCCUGGCUGGCAUGUUGACGCCGGUCAAUUGCUCUGCCCUGGCCUAUCUCCUGCAGACCUCGGAGGUGUGUGUGGAAGAGGCAAACCUCUCCAAUGGCCUCACCUACCAUGCCUUUCAAAGUCUUCUCUCUCAGCUCCUCUACUGCAGUAAUCUCAGGCUGGACUCCAACCAGUUUAAAGACACUGCUAUGGACCUGCUGGGCAGUGUGCUGAGUGGCAAGGAUUGUCAGAUCCAGAAAAUCAGCUUGGCAGAAAACCAGAUUGGUAACAAAGGUGCUAAAGCUCUUGCCAGAUCCUUGAUGGUCAACAGGAGCCUGAUGGCGCUGGACCUUCGGAGCAACUCCAUAGGACCCAAAGGAGCAAAGGCACUUGCUGACUCGCUGAAGAUCAACCAAUACUUGUUUUCUCUAAACCUCCAGAACAACAUGAUCAAGGAAGAAGGCGCAAAAUGUCUGGCUGAGGCUCUCGUCAACAACCACACGCUGAUGACCCUGCACCUUCAGAAGAACUCGGUUGGAGCCCAAGGUUCAAAGAAGAUAGCAGAAGCCCUGAAGAAGAACUGGGCUCUCCAGGAACUCAUAUUGUCCAGCAACUGUAUCGGAGACGGAGGAGCGGCAGCCCUGGCUGAAGGGCUGAAGGUGAACAGGACCCUGCUAACUCUGGAUCUCCAGAGCAAUUCAAUCAGCGACAUAGGGGUGACGGCACUCACCCGGGCCCUCUGCUCCAACCAAGGGCUCACCAGCCUUAACCUGCGGGAGAACUCCAUCAGCAAAGACGGAGCUCAGGGGAUCGCCAAGGCCCUUCGAGCCAACAGCACCCUGAGGAAUUUGGACUUGGCUGCCAACCUGCUGCAUGAUGAAGGCGUCCAGGCCAUUGCGCUGGCGUUGAAGGAGAACCAGGCGCUCGCUUCCCUGCACUUGCAGUGGAACUUCAUUCAGUCCAAAGCAGCCAAAGCCCUGAGCCAAGCACUACAGUUCAACGAAAGCCUUGCCAUCUUGGAUUUGCAGGAAAACGCAAUUGGGGACGAAGGAACAGUUGCCCUGGCUUCUGCUUUGAGGGUGAAUUCAACACUCACUGCCCUCUACCUCCAGGUGGCGCUGAUUGGGGAGAAAGGGGCCAAAGCUCUGGGGGAGGCCUUGGCUCUUAACAAAAGCCUGGCAACGCUGGACUUGAGAGGCAACACCAUUGGGUUGGCAGGGGCCAAGGCAAUGGCCAAUGCCUUGAAAGUCAACUGUGCCCUCCGCAGGCUGAACCUGCAGGAGAACUCCCUGGGCAUGGAUGGCGCAAUCUGUAUUGCCACAGCUCUGACUGGAAGCCACAACCUCACCUACAUCAACUUACAGGGAAAUAAAAUAGGUGAAUCAGGAGCCAAAGUGAUUGCUGAUGCCAUCCGCACAAACGCCCCCGGCUGCGUGGUGGAGAUGUGAGAGAGGGGCUCCCGGUCCGAGAUGCCAGAUAUUUCACACCCUGGGGAUGUGCCUUCCCCACUGACCGAGGACACAGUGUAAAGGAAGAGCACCAGGGAGUGUCACGCUGCUCCAGUGGAUGGGUCUAUGCAGGGAUGCGGACUGAGCAGUGAAGGCAGUUGUGGCAGAGAAUGACCGUGUCAUUUUCAUCCUUGACAUUUUCUCCUGCCGGUGAAGGUGUCUGGGUGCUUCAGAUGUUUUGCACAAGUGGUCUGUGUCUUCCUGAAGAACUGCAGCCACUUGUUUAGAUUCUAUAAACUGUGCAAUAGCUAGCAGAUAAACCCCACAAAAACCCCACAAGAAGAAACAAGACUGCAGAGGGAUGGAGGCGGCAUUUAUUUGUGAAAAUGGGAAGGAAUGUCAAAGUCAAAGAAAUUUAGUCUGGCAAAAAGCCUCACGCAUCGCACAAGCUGCAAGAACUCAGCACAGAGCUAGCUCAACAGGCGAUGCCUGCUGCUAUCAGAGGAUGGGAUCUACAGAAUAUUUCCAUUUAUCCUCUGGAAAAUGAAGCUGCCAGAGAUUGGUAGCUCUGUGUGGUUUUUGACAAGUGGAAAGUAUUCAGUCAAGCCUGUUCAGUACUAAGAGGCCUAUUGCCCCAGAAUAAGGACAAAAAAAUGCAUAUUUCUUCUAAACGAGUUUUUAAAAAAAUGAAAACUUGCUUGGAAAACCAAACGGCAAGGACCCAGCAUUAAAUAAUUAAGUUAAGAACAAUCAUUGCUUUUCCUAGAUCUUCUGGUAUCUCAAGAUGACAGUGCGUUACUCUUGGAUGGGUUUAUAUGGCAAAGGGAUAAAUGAGAGAUGAAACUGAGUUACAGAAAGAAUUCCAGAAUAAUCUGGGGCUCCUUGCUGGCCGCCUUUAUCAGUAUUGCUCAACUGGUGAUGGAAAUAUUUGCUCUGUCUGAGGUGUUGGGGCUGCAACGUACCUUUGUCCCCGACACAAGGAGGAGUUCCUUUUCUUCUGUCAAGGACAGCGGGGCCCUUGAGAUGUCAGUUCAGGAUUCAGUCUUCAUCUGCGGAAGUUGUUCAUUUGAAGGUGUGUCGCUGGAAGUCUUAAAAUCUUCGGCACUAUCGAGUGAGGCAGCGCCUGAACGCUGUAAGUAUCCCUGACUGCACUUGCACGUGAACAGACCACAGCAAACGAGCUGAGCUGCUUAAGAGUUCCACCAUGUGUUACUUCUGUGGUGCUCUUUUCACUGCUAUCAAAGUUGCCUUUACUCUAGAGAACAUCCUGUCCAAGAGGGUGGUGUGUGUCAGCCUUUUCGCCUCUCUGUGCUCCUCAAGAUUUGCUGUGGGGGCGUCACAGCUACUCAGAAGUCGUUGUCGCUCUCCUCCAGGGGCUCCGGCUUCCUCACCCUCCGGCUGGCCUUGUUGGGAGAGAGAUCCAUGCUGUCAUCUUCCAAGUCGUCGUCGUCGUCAUCGUCGUCCAGAUCAAUUUCACUGUCUUCAGUGUCUUCCUAUAGGAAAGUAUAUUGCUUAUUAUUUGGAUUCUUACCAAAAGUGUGCCCUGUUCUGAAGGCUUGGCGUAGGUAACAAUCAGACUCGUGUAAUCAAACCACUAAAACCUGCCGCCCUGGGCUCCCUUUGGGAGGAAGAGCUGGAUGUAAAUUUAAUAAAUAAAUACAUAAAAUAA